AUGAAGUUCCUACAUCUUACCGGAAUUAUUGUGCUGCUAAGUCAAGCAACAUCAAUUUCUACUGCCAUGCUAUUCCCAAGGUCGUCAUCUGGUUCAGAGACGACUCGACUUCAAAUGAAUGAAGUUAGAGCCGCUAUCAGCAGCAUACAAAGAAGUGGAAUCGAGCUGGCAUCGCCAAAUGAUGAUGUGAAAGAUCUUGCUAGAAGAUUAGGCUACUCAUUCCUAAUUCCCAUUUCAGUCAGUCUUGCCCGGAAUACAAACGGUUGUAAAAAUUAUGUCACAAAUGACAUUAAUAGGGAUCUUAACCUCUGGAUUACUACUACAGAAGAAGGGGUUCAAAUCUCUUCGUUACAGGUUAAUAGGUAA